UCUUCAUAUCUGUAAACAAGUCAACGCACCCAAAGUCAAAGCAAUAACCAUGCAGAAUCAAAGUUCUGAUAAUAUACAGUAUUACAAAACAGGAGGAGAUAAUCAUGCUGGACCGCAAGGCACAAGGCCACAGUAUAAGACUGGACACAGCAUGCAGUAUAAAUCAGCAUCAGGGCAGAUCUACAGCAUACCACCACCUCAAGGCGUAAUGGUAACACAGCCCUCCGCCGUGGCCCCUGAUACCUCAAAUUACAUCAAUUGGAUGUAUCCAGCAAUCUUUGUGACCCUCUUCUGUUUUUGGCCUACCGGGCUUGUGGCCGUUUUAUAUGCAACAUGGGCCAGAAAGGCUAUGAAGGGAGGGGAUUUUGCCGGUGCGGCGUCCUAUUCCCGAAAAGUAAAAAUAUUUGUUAUUAUAUCUCUCGCCAUGGGUAUCCUUGUUAUCAUCUCUAUUAUUCUUCUGUUUGUUUUAGCCAGAUCUUCAAAUUAUAAGAGAUAUUAGUCAUUGUUAAUAAUUAUUU